UCGCGCACUUCUCGCUAGCAAGAACGAUGGUGAUGUGUACCUUUCUGUGACCUCGUUGCAAUUUCACGUUUAGAGAGAGAGAGAAACGGGAUUGUGAGGCUGGCCACCGUAUCCUCUCCGACACACUCUCUCUGGGAGUCUGGGUUGAUUUUCAGAUUCGCAGUUGUCAAAGACGACUAGGGUUCCUGAGCCUUGAAGCUGGUGGUCCAAAGAGGAUAAGAGAGACAGAGAUACUCUGUUUUUCUGUAAUUGUUGAAGUUAGUUCAUUUCCUGUAACUUGCUUUCAACUAGAAAAGGUGAGCAAUUUUAUAUAUCCGUUACACCGAUCAGGUUUGGUGAUCCGGAUGAUCAUUCCGUUUUCCGAUCUCCCUGAAGAUUUAUUUUUGAGUCAGUUUAUAAUCAAACACUGGAGUCGAGAUGAGGACAUUAGUUCGGGCUGUCCGAGAAGUUCGGACUGCUGUGAGGCGUCAAGAAAAUGGCAGUUUCCUUAGUGCUAUGGGGAGAAGGCAAAAACCCUUGGUCAAUCCAGUUCCUGUCACCAUAUAUGGACUCCUACACAAUGACGAAAUUGAUAAAUACAAGCAUCAAAUUAUGAUCUCAAGAGCCCUGUGCACUCCUGCUGCCAAUCAAACUAGUGGAGUUCUUGGUUUUUUUGGCUUAUCAGCAGAUGCUGGAAGGGCAGGUCCUCUUGUGGAGUAUAAUCGAAGAAUUGCUGCACAGGAACUUGUAGAUGGUGAUCUCUGCCAGGUUGUCUCUGUAAAAGAACUUCAAAGACUUUAUGAUGAGCUUGUUCAGUAUGCAGAGGCCUGUCAUUUGGAUCGUUAUACAGCGUCUUAUAAAGCUGGGAGGCCAUCUAACUGGAGGAAGACACGAACCCAUUUUCAUGACUUUAUGUUGAAUGUCCAUAGCCGUUUACAAAGGCAUAAGGGUGUCGCAGACCCACUUGAAGUUGUUGCAGGAGAGAUAUCAGAUGAUUCUGUUUUAUUAUGUCUUGACGAAUUUAUGGUUACUGAUGUUGCUGAUGCAUUGAUAUUAAACCGUCUCUUUAGAUAUCUAUUCAGCAACGGCGUUAUUCUUGUUUCUACUUCGAAUCGUGCUCCAGAUAAACUGUAUGAAGGUGGCUUGCAGAGGGAUCUUUUCUUACCGUUCAUUGCCACUCUGAAGGAAAGAUGUAUAGUUCACGAAAUUGGUUCUUCAGUGGACUAUAGGAAAAUGACUUCUGCUGAACUAGGCUUCUAUUUUGUUGGAGAAGAUUUGUCAGGCAUUCUCAAGAAAAAGUUUGAGCAGUUAAUUGGAGAUCAUUCUGCCUGCCCACAAGAGGUGGAAGUUGUUAUGGGAAGGAAAUUGCAGGUUCCACUGGGGGCUAAUGGAUGUGCAUAUUUUCCUUUUGAAGAUCUCUGUGACAAACCUCUUGGUGCUGCAGACUAUUUUGGAUUGUUCAAAAAAUUCCAUACGUUGGCAUUGGAAGGUGUGCCAAUUUUUGGGCUCCACAACAGGACAGCAGCAUACCGGUUUGUCACUCUAAUUGAUGUUAUGUAUGAAAACAAGGCUAGACUACUAUGUACAGCAGAGGGAACUCCCACGGAACUGUUAGAAAGAAUUGUAACCGUCUCUGAUGCCCAACACAUGGCACCUAGAACCUCUUCAAGAUCAAGGAAACAUGAUGAUAUUGACAUAUGUGUAGACAAUGAGUUGGGAUUUGCAAAAGAUCGGACCAUAAGUAGACUAACAGAGAUGAAUAGCAGAGAGUACUUAGAGCAACAUGCUGCCAUGUUGGCUUCUGAGAUGCAAAUCCCAGUGGAGAAAGCGAAAGAAGAUGCUGUUCAAGCUGGAUACUGAGGAUCAUAUGACCUUGGCUAGUCCAAGUAAUUCGUUUUCAUCUGCAUAACUGAGUUGAGAUUCGAAUGAUCUGUUGGGGAUUCAGAUUAUGUUAAGUGAGUCUGAUCAUCUGAAUAAAAUGUAAUUCAUUUGUUGUAUAACUAUUGGGCAGGUUACUGAGGCUGACCCAGGUGAUGCAUUACUCCUAUUAAGAUUGUCAAAGUUGUAGAUUUAGUGUCUACCUUGACAGUUAGGAUCAGCUUGGAAGAUAUCCUCAUCCAGAUAUAUGUAAUGUUAUAAGUGAAGUGCCAUUAGAAUAAUAAUGUGAAUUUCAGUUCUUCCCAAAA